GCAGGUUCUCCCUUCCGAAAAUAACGUAGAGAGAGAGGACCAACAAUGACCAGCUCCACAAAAAUGGCGAAAUCAAGGGUAGUGUUAGCAACUAGCAACGUCACCUUCACAUUACACACCACACCAGAAAACACAUCAUCGCCUAAGCGGAGACGGAGGAGGAAGAAGGACAUGGAAGAGAACAAUUAGUUUGCAUUUGGCUUCACCUAAUUAGAUUUUUCUUCAAGAUUAUCGCGUUUCAUCUCGGUAGAUUUUCUUAUGCGGAUAACAUUUUGCCGGUUUGACGAUUUGAAAAAUCGAUUCAUUCUGGAAGUUAAAUUCUCGCUUGCUUCUUCCGCAAGAAUUUGUGUCAAUUUGGAGAGGCAAAGUCGUGGAGAUCUUAUAUAAGAAUGUUCGUCGCUGAAAUCCUAUUUUCAUUGAUUUGAUUCAAGCUUAGAUUAUAUAACUGGCUUUCCAUUGAGGAUCAUAAUGGAGAUGCCAGUGAAUCUUGAUACCGGUUCUCAUGUUUGGGUUGAAGAUCCAAAGUUAGCAUGGAUUGAUGGGAUUGUGCUCAAUAUCAAUGGAGAUGAAGCUCAGGUUCAGACUAGCGAUGAAAAGAUGGUUUAUGCCAAAUUGAAAAAAUUAUACCCGAAGGAUGUAGAAGCUCAUGCAGAAGGAGUUGAAGACAUGACUAAGCUAUCAUAUUUACACGAGCCUGGAGUUCUGCAUAAUUUAGGAACCAGAUAUAAAAUCAAUCAAAUCUAUACCUAUAGUGGGAACAUUCUUAUCGCCAUCAAUCCGUUUCAAGGACUUCCACAUUUAUAUGAUGCUUGCAUGAUGAAGAAAUACAAGGGAGCAGCAUUCGGAGAAUUGGGGCCUCAUGUUUUUGCAAUUGCCGAUAUUGCAUAUAGGGAAAUGAUUAAUGAAGGAAAAAGUAACUCUAUUUUGGUUAGUGGUGAAAGUGGAGCUGGUAAGACUGAAACUACCAAAAUGCUUAUGCGCUACCUUGCGUAUCUUGGAGGCCACAGUGGUGCUGAAGGUCGGACUGUUGAACAACAGGUUUUAGAAUCAAAUCCUGUUCUGGAAGCAUUUGGCAACGCAAAGACAGUCAAGAAUAACAAUUCUAGUCGCUUUGGGAAAUUUGUUGAGAUUCAAUUUAAUAAAUAUGGGCGAAUAUCAGGGGCAGCCAUUAGAACUUACCUUUUGGAAAGAUCUCGAGUUUGCCAAAUUUCUGAUCCUGAGCGUAACUAUCACUGUUUUUAUCUUCUCUGUGCUGCACCACCAGAGGAAAUUGAGAGAUAUAAAUUGGGAAAUCCAAAGUCCUUCCGUUAUCUUAAUCAAUCUAAUUGCUAUGAACUAGUGGGCGUCAAUGAUGCUCAGGAUUAUCUUGCUACCAGGAGAGCUAUGAGUAUUGUUGGAAUUAAUGAGAAUGAACAGGAUGCAAUUUUCAGAGUUGUAGCUGCAAUUCUUCAUCUUGGAAAUAUUGAUUUUUCCAAAGGAGAAGAAGCUGAUUCCUCAGUUGUAAAAGAUGAUAAAUCCAAAUUCCAUCUUCAAAUGACUUCAGAGCUUCUCAUGUGUGAUCCCUCUGCACUGGAAGAUGCACUAUGUAGACGUGUAAUGGUCACCCCAGAAGAAGUUAUCAAAAGAAGUCUUGAUCCUCUUGGUGCAGCAGUAAGCAGGGAUGGCCUAGCAAAGACAAUCUAUUCACGUUUGUUUGACUGGUUAGUGAAUAAAAUCAAUAUCUCCAUCGGGCAGGAUCCUCACUCCAAAUGUCUAAUUGGGGUCCUUGACAUUUAUGGUUUUGAAAGCUUCAAAACCAAUAGUUUUGAGCAGUUCUGCAUUAACUUCACAAAUGAAAAGCUGCAACAACAUUUCAACCAGCAUGUGUUCAAGAUGGAGCAAGACGAAUACUGCAAAGAGGAAAUAGAUUGGAGCUACAUAGAAUUUGUUGAUAAUCAAGAUGUCCUGGAUCUUAUCGAGAAGAAACCAGGUGGGAUUAUUGCUUUGCUAGAUGAAGCAUGUAUGUUUCCGAAGUCAACUUAUGAAACAUUCUCGCAAAAGCUCUAUCAGACAUUUAAAGAUCACAAACGCUUCAUAAAGCCAAAAUUGACUCGAACAAAUUUUACUAUUAUUCAUUAUGCCGGAGAUGUCCAAUAUCAGUCUGAUCAAUUUUUAGACAAAAACAAGGACUAUGUUGUUCCUGAACAUCAGGAUUUGUUGAGUGCUUCAAAAUGUUUUUUUGUAGCAGGCCUUUUCCCUACACUUUCAGAAGAGACUGCCAAAUCUUCCAAGUUCUCAUCAAUUGGUUCUCGUUUUAAGCUACAACUGCAGCAAUUGAUGGAGACACUGAAUUCUAUGGAACCCCACUAUAUCAGAUGUGUGAAGCCAAACAAUAUGUUAACACCUGAUGUAUUUCAAAAUGUCAACGUACUCCAACAGCUACGUUCUGGUGGCGUUCUAGAGGCAAUCAGAGUCAAGUGUGCUGGAUACCCUACUCGCAGGACCUUUUUUGAGUUCCUAAAUCGAUUUGCUGUUCUUGCUCCAGAAAUCCUGAAAGGGGACUAUGAAGAAAACAUUGCUUGCAAAUGGAUUUUGGAAAAGAGUGGGCUUACAGGAUAUCAGUUGCAGGCAUAUUGGCGUUGCAAUAGAGCUGUUUUAUACUUCAAGCAGCUAAAAAAAGCUUCCAUCCUUUCACAAAACAGAUUAAGGCAAAGAAUAGCCAGGAGACAGCAUGGGGAGCUAAAGACGGCUGAAGUAAAACAAGUUAUACUGGAAGUGCCAGAGGAUAGUCCAGCAGAAGAAAUGGAGGAACAUACAAAGUUGGAUCAUUCCUCUCAAGUAGUGCGGAGCGAAGAAAUGUUUUCGUUUCCUCUGAGGGAGUUUGAGGAUGUGCAGAAAGCAAAUGAAGCAUGCCCUAUAAUUGAAGAAAUCUCAAUUCCAGCCAGAGACUCUCAAACAGUUGAUGUACUGACUGCAGAGGUGGAAAUGUUGAAGAAAAUGUUGCAGAUUGAGAGACAAAGAGCUAAUGAUUCUGAAAGGAAGUACACUGAAUCCAUGGAAUUAAGUGAGAGAAGACGUAAGAAAUUAGAAGAAACAGAAAAAAGAGUUUAUCAACUUCAGGACUCAUUGAACAGGCUGUUAUAUAGCAUGUCAGACCAAUUUUUGCAGCUGAAAACAAUCUUGCGUUCUCCUUUAAUUUCAACCUCCGCAUCUGCAGCUGUUGUGAGAGAUGAAUUGGUUGAUACUUCUGAUAACUCUGAUGCUUCAUCCAGUGACUCUGAUUUUACUUUUCCUGCUCCAAGUCCUACCUCAGCUAAUUUCUCUUCUUUCAGCUCCAGUCCCCUCCAGUUGAUCGUACAGGAUCUUUCGGGCAAAGAAACUAAAGGAUCAAAUGACUGGAAGGGCGAGAAGGAGGGGGCAUUUGAUGACUAUUUCUGAUGGAAAUUCUUACCUGUUUUGUCCUCCUAACUUAGAUUGUAAUUAGGUUAAAGAUAGGAUUACUGGCAUCAUAGCUAGACUAGAAUACUUAAUUUGGUUAUAUAACACUAUAGGUGGACAAGUUUCUUCUGAUGCUAUAGAUAAGUUAGGCUGAAUGAUAGAGUAGUUCACUAAUGUCAAUAUGAAUUCUGUAACAAUGUUCAAAAUGAAAAAAUACAACAUCCUAUAAAAGAUUGUCUGAAAAACCUGCUCCAGCAUCAUAUAGAAGGAAACCGUUAUUAUGAACUUGAGGACUAUGUAAAGCACACUCUGGACUGAUUAAACGAAAAAUUCUUCAGGAGCUCACCAUUUUUGUGUUGUAACAUGUGUCGAGAAACGACUGACACCAGACGAUGUGAUCAGAAUGUCCUACUCUCAUAUCUUAGGAAAGAAUAAUUCAAGUUACAGAUCUUAAACAUCAGCGUACAGGUUGCACUUGCCUUCAUGAUGAUCAACAGUAGUUGUAGGCUUUGGUAAAGAAGUGUUGGGUGUAAGAUAUGCACUGACAUUAUGGAAAGAUGAUGGCAGCUGCUGUUAUAGUCUGUUUUCAGUUCAAUUGAAAACCAGAG